CUGCAAAAUCUUUUCAUUGUCAAUUUUUUUUUUUGUUCUUUUUGGUUUUACGUAGACAAGAUUUGUCCCAAAUGGAUGCAGAAAAUGCGACUUGGCGCAAAGAGUUCAUGUGGAACAACGAUGAGAAAAGAGCAGAGAUGGGGACGAAGAUGUUUUGCGAUGUAAGUCCACAUAUAAUGUUGAACUCACAUGGCGUUGCAGAGAAAAUGGCUUCCGGAUCUAAGGGAAUGGAUUUUUGGGAGUACCCUCUUCCACAAUUGGAGAUCAUUAUUCUCUCCAUAUUCCUAUUAUGGCGUUUAUUUGAUAUGUUGUUCAAGAAGUUAGGUGUUCCUAUCCCCAAGUUCACCUCCAUGAUGCUUGUCGGAGCAGUCUUAAGUGAGAUGUUUGGAUCUAUGCAAAUACCAUGUUUAAAGCAUAUAUUUAUCCAUUAUAACCAGUAUAUGACAAAGGUUCCUGAUACUAUAGGCGCAUUUGCUUUUGUCCUAGAUUGGUUUCUAAGGGGAGUGACUACAGAUGUUGGAAUAAUGAAAAAGUCAGGAACUAAGAGUGUUGUAAUUGGGAUCACCUCAAUGAUCAUCCCAUGGCAAAUAGGAAAACUCCUUUAUUCAUCUAGAGAGAAAUCAAGUAUUCUGACCAUGACAGAAAUGGAGUAUACCGUAAUGACAUUCACAAUGAGCAUGACGCCUUUCACUUGCGUCAACAUGUUGCUUACUGACCUCAAGAUAGUUCACACUGAUUUCGGCCAAAUAGCUCAGUCAGCGGGAAUGGUAACAGAUUUGCUUGCCUUUUUCUUGACUGUAUCGGCUUACGUUAGCCGUGAUGAAACUCAAGGAGUGAAAAUGGGAUUAGCUUUUAUGGCAUUCUUUAUUUUUGUGUACCUUGUGCGACAAUUUAUGCUUUGGGUUAUAAGACAUACGCCAGAAGGAGCCCCGGUGAAGAACGUCUAUCUCUACAUUGGUCUCUUGCUUGCUUACUUAUCUUAUCUUUAUUGGAGCCGCUUCUUAUUCUUCGGACCGCUAGGGGCAUUUGCUCUUGGUUUGGCUGUCCCUAACGGGCCGCCAUUAGGAUCAGUAUUUAUACAAAAAUUCGAUAGCUUCAACGAGGGCAUUUUUUUACCCCUCUUUGGAUCACUUAGCAUGAUCAAACUAGAUUGGUCAUUUCUACGAAAGGAGUUUGGAAAUGGAAGGCAUCUCCAUGGACAUAUGUACGAGUGUUUUUCCUUCCUUCCCAUCGUAUACAUAGCGAAAUUCGCUACUUCGUUUUUAGCCGCCUUAGCUACAAAGAUACCUUUGAGAGACUCAAUUAUCCUAGGUGUCAUUAUGGGCACCAAGAGUAGUUUCGAGUUGGGUUACGUACUUACAGCCUUCGAAAAAGACAGGAUUAGUCUGGAGGUCUUGUCGCUCCUGGGCGUAUACAUUCUCGUAAACUCUUUGUUAACACCAAUGGCUAUACAUUUCCUGUAUGACCGGUCUAAGAGAUUUGUGUGUUACGGAAGAAGAAACUUGAAAGAGAAGCCAGAAAUGCAAACGCUGGUGUGCAUCAACAAGCCUGACAACAUAACAUCGAUGAUUAGCCUUCUUAGAGCAACUUCCCCAUCUAAAGACUCUCCAAUGGAAUGUUGUGUUCUUCACCUAAUAGAGUUAUUGGGUCAAGCUACUCCCACGUUUAUCUCCCACCAGCUUCAAAAACCAAAGCCUGGAAGUCGGUCUUAUUCCGAAAAUGUCAUAAGCUCUUUCCAACUGUUUCAAGAGGUUUAUUGGGACUCCGCUUCCAUAAACAUGUUCACGUCUUUAACUUCCGCUAAAGAGAUGCAUGAACAAAUAUGUUGGUUUGCUCUUAGUCAAGGUUCCAAUCUUAUUCUCCUCUCGUUUCACCGCACUUGGGAGCCUAACGGAAAUGUCAUUAUCUCAGACGAUCAAACCCUAAGAAGUCUUAAUCUUAAUGUUCUGAAACGCGCCCCUUGUUCUGUCGGAAUCUUUGUUUAUCGCAAACCAAUUUGGCAAACCAAAGCCCUAGAAUCUCCGUGCCGUGUGUGCUUGAUUUACGUGGGUGGGAAUGACGACAAAGAGGCCCUGGCAUUAGCUGACCACAUGAGAGGUAACCAACAAGUGAUUCUAACGGUCUUGCGUCUGAUCCCUACGUCUUAUGCCGAUGAGAGUAGCUUGAGGAUUCAUAGCCAAAUGGUAGACAUGAACCGUCAUGAAGACCAAAGGCCUGGAGAUAAGUCAACCAUCAUUGACUGGACGGUGGGAGAUGGCACAGAGACAUCCAAAAUUUUGCACUCCGUGUCUUACGACUAUGAUCUAUUCAUAGUCGGUCGAAGAAGUGGGGUUGGUACUACAGUCACCAGAGGACUCGGGGAUUGGAUGGAAUUCGAAGAACUUGGAGUCAUUGGAGAUUUGUUAGCAUCUGAAUAUUUUCCUUCUAGAGCCUCCGUGUUAGUCGUCCAACAACAAGAGUGAGAAGCAUUUAUCCUGAAAUUGAGUUAGCUUCAAUCUUGGUUUAUUUUCCUUAUUGAAAUUAAGAUCCUUUACAAACAAAGUGUAACGGAUCUUAUAGGAAGCACACAAUAGAUUUUUUUGUGUUGUAAGGACUACAAAACACAUGUUCAUCAUUCAUGUAUAGGGGAGAAAUACAUAUACUAGGUGAUGAGAAGGUAAAUCAUCGAUCCCACAAAUUAACAGGCGGAUUUAGUGAAGAAAUACAGGGUGCAUGUGCAACCACUAAAUUAUUGAAAUAUGUGUUUUAUUUUAAUUCUACACUAAGAUUUGUAUCCUAAUUGGCC